AUGAGUUUCGCGAUCGAAGUCCCGGGCGAAGCUACGCCCUUCACACCCGUCGAGCUCUGCAGAACCCUCGAAGCUGCAUCCAUCUCCACCGACCAAGCCCAGAGACAGUCUGCUGGCCAGCAGAUACAGGCUUGGGAGUCGCAUCCCGACUACUAUGUUACUCUUCAGACCAUAUUCCUCGACAAGUCACUACGAAGAGAGGUUCGAUGGCUCGCCAUCAUCGUGCUCAAAAACGGCAUCGACAAGUAUUGGCGACCCAGAGCGAAACAUGCCAUUCCACCACCACAAAAAGAGCUCAUACGCUCUCGGCUUCUGCAAGGUUCGGUGGACGAGGAGGACAGACAGCUCGCACUGCACAACGCCCUGGUUACCGCCAAGAUCGUGAGGAUAGAUUACCCCGAUAGCUGGCCCGAUGCCAUCGCCAAUAUCAUCAACGUUACCCGAACGGCCCGGGGUGGGAACCCCAUGCACCUCGGCGGUGCCCUGUUGGUUAUGCUCCGGAUAGUCAAAGAGCUCAGCACGGCGCGGUUGGCGAGGUCACAGACCGCUCUUCAGAAGGUCACACCGGACCUGGUCCAGCUUCUGGGAGAGAUUUACACCGAGAAGACGGCUUAUUGGCAGGAGUUCCUCAUGAAAGGACGGGGAGACGAAGAUGACGCCGACUAUGCCAUGCAAAACAGCUUGAUAGCACUCAAGAUCUUGAGGCGGUUGGUCACAGUUGGAUACAAGGAGCCGCACAAGGACAGCAUGGUUCAGGGGCUGUGGUCUCUAUCACAGACACAGUUCGAUCAAUUCCUCCACGGUGUCAGUCACGAAUCGUGGAUCCCGAUACCGUACCAAGAUCUCGUCGGCAAGCAUCUCAUCCAGUUUACCAAACUACACAUCGAUAUGGCGAAUUUGCAUCCCUGCAGCUUCCCGAUUCUUCCAAACUCGAUUCCGUUAGUUAGAGCCUAUUGGAAUCUUGUGAAGGACUUCUCGCAGGUGUUUGAGAAGUCUGGUGGGAUCAAGCAGACAGAGAGCACAACAGGGAAUACCAAGCACGAGGGGCCGUUGGCGGAAAAGUUGGCUCUCAAGGGACUCUUGUUGCUGAGGAGUUGUAUUGGGAUCGCCUACCGACCGGCUCAGACGUUCAAGUUCCAGACCCCAGAAAUGAAGGAGCUGGAAACACAAGCAAUUCACGUUAUCAAGGUCGAAUUGCUGAACAGGGACUUGCUUCUGGAUAUUGUUCAGGUGAUCAUCAGCAAGCUGUUUAUCUUCCGCAAGUCAGAUCUCGAUGCCUGGGAAGAGAGCCCGGAGGAAUGGGAAGCUCAGGAACGCACAGAGGGCCAGGCCUACGAGUGGGCUAUCCGCCCAUGCGCUGAGAGGUUGCUGAUAGACCUGUUGACACACUAUAGGGAGUUGGGUCAGCCGCUUCUCAGCUAUUGUGAGCUCGCCACCAAAGUCGACAUGGACAUUGUCACGAAAGAGGCCGCUUACUGUGCUCUUGGGUGUGCUGCUGCCGUUGUACACCACAACUUUGACUUUGAUCGCUUCCUGACCACAACGCUCGUCAAGGAUGCUCAGGUACAGGACACGAUGGCCAAGCUGCUCCGCCGGCGGAUUGCUAUUUUGCUAAGCCAGUGGAUCACCAUCAAGAUUUCCGAAGCGAACAGAAAAGUGGUGUUUGAGAUCUAUCGCCACUUGCUGAACCCAGCUGACGAUCACAAUGAUGAGGUGGUGCGCAUUACGGCUGCGCGUCAGUUCAAGUAUAUCGCCGAUGACUUUGAGUUCAAGUCUGAACCCUUCCUGCAAUAUGCGCCGGAUUUCUUCGAGCUUUUGAUCGGCUUGCUCUCAACGGUAGAGAGCGACGAGACAAAACUGGCGGUUUUGGACACGAUCAGGUUGAUCGUCAGCAGGAUGGAGGAACAUGUCUCGCAGUUUGGAGAUACCAUCAUGAUGACACUCCCCAAGUUGUGGGAGUCGGUCGGAAGUGAAGAGUACAUGAUCAAGCAGUCGGUGCUUGCCAUCAUGACAGCUCUCGUCAUGUCGAUGCGGGCCGACUCGCAGCGAUAUCAACCACUGAUCCUGCCACUCCUGGCAGAGGCGAUGAACCCCGACUCGCCACUGCAUCUUCACCUUAUUGAAGAGUCGGUGGAGCUCUGGAGGUCAUUGCUGAUGCAGAGCGUCCCACCACUGAAUCCUGAGCUCACCCAGAUGGUCCAGCUGGCCCUCCCCCUCCUAGAAUACGACUCCGCCGUCUCGAACCAGUGCCUCGAGAUUGUGAAAUCGUACAUCUCUCUCGCACCACAAGACCUCCUCAGCGACGCCCUCCGCCGCCCUGCCCUCGCGGCCCUCGCCAAAACCGUCGACGCCAACAGCCUCGACCAAGCUCAGCUCGGCGCCAAGUCGAUCGAACUCAUGAUCCGGUUCUCUGAAGAAUUCGGCGGGUCUCAAGGAGUAACAGUUAUUGUCCAAGACCUUCUUGAGACUGGCCUUGUCCACACAAUGCUCGAAGGCCUCCACAGCGCCUGGGAAUCCUCCCAGACCACUGGGCCCAACCGGAAACCCUCCAAAAUCAGCACACUCAAAGAAUCGGACUAUUACGCCCUCUUUGCCCGGGUGUGCGUCGCCGACCCGAUAGUGUUUAUCAACCUGUUGUCGCGGUUCACAAACGGCGGACCGAUCGAUACCGUUCUCUCCUGGUUGAUGACCCAGUGGUUCGCCAACUUUGACACCAUGGGCGAUGUCGAACGUGAGAAGCUCUCUUGCCUGGCCCUGACAAGACUGGUGGAACUGCCCUCGCCGGUGCAGGAGCUCGUGUUGGGGAAGCUGCAGGAUUAUCUGUCCAUGUGGACGCACAUCGUGACGGAACUGGCGGAUGAUACUGCCGAGCAACAAGGGGGGGCCGAGGGGCCGCAGGAUAGCCUCGUCUGGGGGGAGAUGCCGAGCUUUGAGUAUGAUACUCCGCUGGAUAUUCACGAGAGGACGUUUGCGCACAAGGACCCGGUGCACUCGGUGGCGACGUACGGGUUUGUCAAGGUGAGGUUGCAGGAUUUGGUGCAGAGGCUGGGUGGAGAGAGGGUGUUUGAGCAGCAGUGGGCGGUUAAUGUUGAUCGGGAGGUGUUGAUGGGGUUUCAGAGGUUGAGUCAGGGGGGAGUUGCUGGGCCGAAAUAG